GGGGAGGACAAGGUCAACGGUAAAAAAGAAAAUGAAGACACGUCCUCUAGAGACAGCUACAGAUUUAUGCCUUUCCACAGCAGCGGCGGCAGCAGCAGGAAGACAUGGCCGACUGGAUCUGACUACAACACUCACUUUGAGCUGAGAAAUCACAGCCCUCGCAAAGGACCGUGGGUGGCAGCAGCAGCAGAAGCGACCUCCAGGCCGCUCUCCGGCCUUCACGACCCCACAGGUAUGCCUUGUGGGUCUCGGCAGCUCCAAUGGCUUUCCUGUCCAGGUUCUCCAGGAAUGGCACCAGGUCACCGAGCCGGAGCUCACGGGAUGAGCGCAGCAACCACCCCAUCCUCAGUGUCUUCGAGCUUGAAAGGUUGCUGUACACGGGCAAGACGGCCUGUAAUCACGCGGAUGAGGUCUGGCCAGGCCUCUACCUGGGCGAUCAAGAUAUAGCGGCCAACCGGCGCGAGCUGGCCCACCUGCGCAUCACCCACAUCCUCAACGCCUCGCACAGCAAGUGGCGGGGGGGUGCUGAGUACUACGAGGGCACGGGCAUCCGCUACCUGGGCAUCGAGGCCCAUGACUCGCCUUCCUUUGACAUGAGCCCCUACUUUUAUCCUGCAGCUGACUUCAUCCACCAAGCGCUGAACGAAGGAAGGAUCCUGGUGCACUGCGCUGUCGGGGUGAGCAGGUCGGCCACCUUGGUCCUCGCCUACCUCAUGAUCCGCCACCACAUGCCCCUUGUAGAAGCCAUAAAGACGGUCAAGGACCACCGAGGCAUCAUCCCCAACCGGGGAUUCUUGCGCCAGCUGGUUGCCCUGGACAAUGCCCUGAGGCUGAAGAGGAGUGCCUGAUGGAGGGUGCAAGGGGGGAGCGCUGGGAGCGGUGGGUUACGUGCAGCUGGUCCCUGGGCCUCCGCCUCGGCUAAGGAGGGUCCCCAGCCACACGAGCUGUUCCCAGCGGUAAAGCACAGACCCCCCCCACCUGCAGUCUUACCACCCAGCUAGGCCCAAGGUCCAGCCUCCCGCCCAGCCUGCUCGUGCCCAGCCUCAGCUCCGCCUUACAGGUUACUCCAUCCCUCUUGGCUCCGGGAAGCCUCUGAGGCUGCGUUCUCUCACGUGGCAGAGGCAUCCCCCGAACCAGCCCCAUUGCUCCCUCCCAGGAGACCGAGGCUCUGUGUCUUUCCUCCUUCCCAUUCGUUUUCGGUCUGUGUAGCAACGUGAAUUAGGUCUGGCGCGUGGGUUCAGGCAAACGGGCUUUUUGUCGUCGUGUUUGGGUGUCCUCCAUGCCUAGUGUUAACCUGUCAAAAUAAAAACAGCGCUAAGGAAAAUGUCUGGCCACCCCUUGUGU